GUUUCGAACGGAUAAAUGGACGGAUAGCCGGGCGGGGGCGGGGUUUGUUUACGUUUCGGUUUCGUCACGGCUUGUGUUACAUCUUCAGUUCCGGUACUUAUAAUACAUGUAAUUACUCCUCAAGGAGUUUAAAUAGAAUACCCUUGCUCCUGUUGGUUGGAAGUCCAUACGAAUUACUCGUAAUGGCAUAUUAUCACUGUGGAUGAAAAAAAACCGGAACGACGGCAGAAUUUCGAUUGUUUUUCAGUCAGUUUUCCGGCGUCGUAAUUGGGUGGGGAGGGGGGGCGUGGGCCGGUAGCGUUAAUUUACGUGUUGCGAAAUGUCUCAUUUUGUAGAUUUCCCCGAAUGUUUGAAUCUUUUUUUCGGGGUAACAUCCCACUUGACGUACAUUUUGCGGAUCGAGACGAUUGUAGACCGAAAUGUAAUUGUUUCAUGGUUAUUCUUAAUAGUUAGCCAGGUAACCAUACCAUCGGGGCGUUCGCCGUGAUCUCUACGGCGCUGUAGGGGUACCCGCCCGUCCAGCUAUUAGCGCAGGCCGGGGGAGUUUUUAAGGGGUUGGGUUAGAUUUCGUCGCGCCCGAAAACAGAAGCAGGUCGGUGCCUCAGCACCCUGGAAGCCGACUAGCGGAUAAUGGUGACCAGGCUAAGAAUAGCAAGAUCAGUGAUAUUUUGUAGGACAUUUAAAGUACAGCUAAAUGUGUCUUCUGAGUCUCAUGUGUAUGUGAACUAUUUUUAGCAUUUAUACUGUUUAAAAUGAUGUUUAGUCUGUCAUUGUAAUGAAACUCAGGCCCAAUCCUCGGCAUACGACUGGUAAACAUGGCGACCGGUGGAACCUCAGCUCUCCUCAGCCAAAUCUCGGACGACUUCCUGGAGUGUCAGGUCUGCCUGGAGCCCUACCGCCGGCCCAAGGUGCUGUCCUGCCUUCACACGUUCUGUCAGGAGUGUCUGGAACAGCUGCACAAGCGGCAGGGCCACGCGCAACACCUGGAGUGUCCAACAUGUCGGACCAAGACGGAACUUCCGGGUUCUGGGGUCACCGCGCUGAAGGACAACUUCUUUGUCGAAAGUCUUUCGGACGCGGUCAAGCUCCACAAGACAGUGAAAGAGACGGAGGGAGAGAGCUCGAGAGUGGUGUGCGGUCUGUGUGAGUCCGGGCAAGAGGCGAAAUCGUAUUGUGUGGACUGCAAAGAGUUUAUGUGUGAUGGGUGUAUCAACAUCCAUGGUCGAAGAGCGGCACUGAAACGGCAUCCGCUCGUCACAAUAGACGAGGUUCGUUCAGGGGAAGGGCUUAGGGCCAAGUCUCGCACCCAGCCGUGCAAGCUGCACACAGACGAGGCCCUGAAGUUCUACUGUGAGACCUGCAAAGAGGCUGUGUGUCGAGACUGCAUCAUGGUGGAGCACAAGGAUCACUCCUACAACCAUCUCGCUAAAGCAGCUGGUGGCAUGAAGAAAGAGCUGGCUGCAGUUCUUGAAGAGGCCGACAGGAGGCUAGCCGAGCUCAAAGGCAAGCAACAAGAAAUCGUGAGUAAGAAAUCCCUGCUGAAAGUCAAUGUGACACAGGUUGAAGACAGCAUAAACAAAGCAGCAGAUGAGGCCCGAAAGCGCCUGUUAGAUCAGGUAAAUGCGGAGCAAAAGGACCUGUUCCAACAAGUGCAGGACAUUGAGAAGGAAACCGAGAAAGAGUUUUGCACCAUCGAAGACGCCGUUGAGACUGCGAUUGUCGGCUUGUCCAACACCUCUGAUUUCGGACGCAACGUUAUCAACCAUGGUACUGAUCUGGAGAUCAUCAGUGUUAAGGCAGACGUUCAGUCCCGGCUUCAGAGUCUGCUACCUGAGGUGUCUCCAGACGGGAUGCGGUUGACAGAAGGAGAGUCUUGGGUUCGCUUCGUAGCCAACGGUGCUAAAACAGACGUCCUUGCUCUGGUCGGUGAAGUACCUGACGGAACAACCGGUCGACUCGGCCCGACUGAACUGGGACAACACUACAGCGGACAGGGCCAGGAUGAACUGGUGACACUACAGGACGAGAUCCACCGUACCGAUUUCAGAGCGACAUUCACCACUUUGGGAGCAACCGGUCGACUCGGCCCGACUGGCCUGAGACGACGCUACAGCGGACAGGGCCAUGAGGGACUGGUGACACUGCAGAACGGGAUUCAGCUCUUCACAGUCAAAUACACUGGCACGUACGAGAUAGAAGCUGCAGGUGCUGCUGCAGGAUGGGGGAAGCACACGCCCAAGUCAACACGUGGAAGAGGUGCUCUCAUGAAAGGAACUUUUCCACUUGAAAAGGGUGAGGUGCUGAAGAUCCUAGUCGGACAGGAGGGUGUGCAUGUUGUGCGUGGAAAUGGCGUAGGCGGGGGCGGCGGGACGUUUGUCAUCCGGGAGGACAACACCCCACUCAUCAUUGCAGGCGGCGGGGGCGGUGGGAGCGGUCUGUCUGAAAGAAAGGCUACCAGUGACGGCACCAAGGAAACAUCAGGCAAUCCUAGCUCAGGGGGGAAGGCAGGGGGGGCUUACGGGGCCGGGGCCGUACAGGGGGGUGCGGGUAGAGUAGGUGGUGGUGGGGGAGGUCUGCUGACGGAUGGAGCAAGAUCUGAAAACAAAUUUGGUGGCAAAGACGGCAGCAAUGGAGGUGAGGGUGGAAGGGCGUUUGUGAAUGGAGGUGUAGGUGGGAGAGGGUCGUUAAACAACGCAGACGGAGGUUUUGGUGGCGGAGGGGGAGGGUUUGGAGGGAUGUUUUUUAGAGGAGGAGGAGGAGGAGGGGGUGGAGGCUAUUCUGGAGGGGGAAGAGGGGACGAUGAGUACAACCAAUGUGGAGGGGGAGGCGGUUCCUUCAAUAUGGGCGGGGAACCCUCUGGGGAGAGUGGUGCCAAUGACGGUUCUGGUUAUGUUGUAAUGACAUUGGCUGGUUAG